AACGUUUAACAUUUUCCAUUUUCUUUCUUUCUAUAAAGUAGUAAAAGCCCAGCUUGAAAAUGGAGAUGUAUGAAACCCUUGGAAAAGUGGGAGAGGGAAGUUACGGAACAGUCAUGAAAUGUAAACAUAAGAAUACUGGGCAGGUAGUGGCCAUUAAGAUAUUUUAUGAGAGACCAGAACAAUCUGUCAACAAAAUUGCGAUGAGAGAAAUAAAGUUUCUAAAGCAAUUUCAUCACGAAAACCUGGUCAAUCUGAUUGAAGUUUUUAGACAGAAAAAGAAAAUUCAUUUGGUAUUUGAAUUUAUUGACCACACAGUAUUAGAUGAGUUACAACAUUAUUGUCAUGGACUAGAGAGUAAACGACUUAGAAAAUACCUCUUCCAGAUCCUUCGAGCAAUUGACUAUCUUCACAGUAAUAAUAUCAUUCAUCGAGAUAUAAAACCUGAGAAUAUUUUAGUAUCCCAGUCAGGAAUUACUAAGCUCUGUGAUUUUGGUUUUGCACGAACACUAGCAGCUCCUGGGGACAUUUAUACGGACUAUGUGGCCACACGCUGGUAUAGAGCUCCAGAAUUAGUAUUAAAAGAUACUUCUUAUGGAAAACCUGUGGAUAUCUGGGCUUUGGGCUGUAUGAUCAUUGAGAUGGCCACUGGAAAUCCCUAUCUUCCUAGUAGUUCUGAUUUGGAUUUACUCCAUAAAAUUGUUUUGGAAGUGGGCAAUUUGUCACCUCACUUGCAGAAUAUCUUUUCCAAGAGCCCCAUUUUUGCUGGGGUAGUUCUUCCUCAAGUUCAACACCCCAAAAAUGCAAGAAAAAAAUAUCCAAAGCUUAAUGGAUUGUUGGCAGAUAUAGUUCAUGCUUGUUUACAAAUUGAUCCUGCUGAGAGGAUAUCAUCUAGUGAUCUUUUGCAUCAUGAGUAUUUUACUAGAGAUGGAUUUAUUGAAAAAUUCAUGCCAGAACUGAAAGCUAAAUUACUGCAGGAAGCAAAAGUCAAUUCAUUAAUAAAGCCAAAAGAGAGUUCUAAAGAAAAUGAACUCAGGAAAGAUGAAAGAAAAACAGUUUAUACCAAUACACUGCUAAGUAGUUCAGUUUUGGGAAAGGAAAUAGAAAAAGAGAAAAAGCCCAAGGAGAUCAAAGUCAGAGUUAUUAAAGUCAAAGGAGGAAGAGGAGAUAUCUCAGAACCAAAAAAGAAAGAGUAUGAAGGUGGACUUGGUCAACAGGAUGCAAAUGAAAAUGUUCAUCCUAUGUCUCCAGAUACAAAACUUGUAACCAUUGAACCACCAAACCCUAUCAAUCCCAUCACUAACUGUAAUGGCUUGAAAGAAAAUCCACAUUGCGGAGGUUCUGUGACAAUGCCACCCAUCAAUCUAACUAACAGUAAUUUGAUGGCUGCAAAUCUCAGUUCAAAUCUCUUUCACCCCAGUGUGAGGUUAACUGAAAGAGCAAAAAAGAGACGCACUUCUUCACAAUCUAUUGGACAAGUUAUGCCUAAUAGCAGGCAAGCGGAUCCAGGUCCUAUUCAAAGUCAGAUGGAGAAGGGUAUAUUUAAUGAGCGAACAGGUCACAGUGACCAAAUGGCAAAUGAGAACAAAAGGAAGCUGAAUUUUUCCAGAUCUGACAGGAAAGAAUUCCAUUUUCCAGAAUUGCCUGUCACAAUACAGUCAAAAGAUACAAAAGGAAUGGAAGUUAAACAGAUAAAAAUGCUGAAGAGGGAGUCAAAGAAAACAGAUUCAUCUAAGAUACCAACUUUACUUAACGUGGAUCAAAAUCAAGAAAAACAAGAGGGUGGAGAUGGCCAUUGUGAGGGGAAGAAUUUAAAGAGAAACAGGUUUUUUUUCUGGUAGUGUCUUUUCUUUUAAAUAGUCCUAAAAAUACAAGAUGACAACUCUUCCUGUUUUAUUUAUCUACAAUAGAAAUGUGAUGUGAGUUGUUGUUAAGACAGCCAUCCAUGUGCAUGAGCAUCAUCCAGCUUUUUUUUGUUAGCAAAACAUUUACUGUUUUCUUUUCCCUUUUAAGACUCUGUUGAUGUGAUAAUUUGAUUUGGAGUUAUAAAGUCAUCUCUUCUCUGCCUACUUCUUUUUUUUGCCAUGAUUACUGAGUGGAUAACACAAGCCGUGACAUGAUACAAACUGUACUUAUACUUAAUGAUCUCUGCCUUCUCGUAGCCACAUAACCUCGAGUCAGUUAUCUCCUAUAACACACAGGCCUCUUUAAAUGAGUUCUUAAUAAAAUAUUUGAUCCGUUGUUUUAAAAGCUAUUCAUGGCUGGGUGCGAUGGCUCAUGCCUGUAAUCCCAGCACUUUGGGAGGCUGAGGCAGGCGGAUCACUUGAGGUCAGGAGUUCGAAACCAGCCUGACCAACACGGUGAAACACCAUCUCUACUAAAAAUGCAAAAAUUAGCUGGGCAUGGUGGUGCACACCUGUAAUCCCAGCUACUCAGGAGGCUGAGACAGGAGAAUCGCUUGAAUCCGGGAGGCCAAGGUUGCAGAGAGCCAAGAUCAUGCCAUUGCACUCCAGCCUGGGAGAUAAGAGCGAGACUCUGUCUCAAAACACACACACACACACACACACACAAGCUAUUAAUGGUCGGGCACAGUGGCUCACGCCUAUAAUCCCAGCACUUUGGGAGGCUGAGGUGGGCAGAUCACCUGAGGUCGGGAGUUUGAGACCAGCCUGACCAACAUGGAGAAACCCCGUCUCUACUAAUAAUACAAAAAUUAGCCGGGUGUGGUGGCACAUGCCUGUAAUCCCAGCUACUUGGGAGGCUGAAGCACGAGAAUCGCUUGAACCUGGGAGGCGGAGGUUGUGGUGAGCCGAGAUCGUGCCAUUGCACUCCAGCCUGGGCAACGAGAGUGAAACUCCGUCUCAAAAAAAAAAAAGAAAGAAAAAAAGAAAAAGCUAUUCAUUACAUUACAUGGUUAAAAAUAUGUUCUGUUGGUCAGCAAUGAAAGCACUUAUUUAUAAUUUAGCAGCAUCUCUGGUCUAAAAACAAAGAAAAUAUAUAAUGUUUAUAAAAUAUUUAAAAAUAAUGUGGUAUUCAAAUGUUAAAUUGUUUUAUCUGUGAUCUGAGGGACCAAAAUAGACGCCCCUUUAUCAACUAAGAUGGACCCUAACGUUAAGGAAACAAAAAUUACCUCUGGGUUGAGGGUUUAGGGCUCAGCUCACAUGACAACUUUCUAAAUUCCUAGGCUGUAAGAAAAAUCACACUCUCGCUGGGCACGGUGGCUCACGCCUAUAAUCCCAGCACUUUGGGAGGCCAAGGCAGGCGGAUCACCUGAGGUCAGGACUUCGAAACCAGCCUGACCAACAUGGCAAAACCCUGUCUCUAGUAAAAAUACAAAAAUUAGCCAGGUGUGGUGGUGCACGCCUGUAAUCCCAGCUACUCGGGAGCCUGAGGCAGGAGAAUCGCUUGAACCCGGGAGGCAGAGGUUGCAGUGAGCUGGAUGGGGCCACUGCACUCCAGCCUGGAAGUCAAGAGUGAGACCACAUCUCAAAAAAAAAAAGAAAGAAAAGAAAAAGAAAAACCACACUCUUGCUAAACUCCCUAACAACAGGAGCUGUCAGGCAAAUUCCUAAUCCUGAUUUACAACCUAGACUACUACACCUCUGAAUGAAUAGAGAUCCGAGUGUGUGUGUGUGCGUGUGUCUCUGUGUGUUUGUGUGUGUGUGUGUGUGUAGAGACAGGGUCUUGUUCUGCUGCCCAGGCUGGUCUUGAACUCCUGACCUCAAGCAGUCCUCUCACCUUGGCCUCCCAAAGUGUUGGGAUUACAAGCAUGAGCCAGCACGCCUGGACGCAAACAUUCUUUCCUGAUAAGCAACUAUAGACCUUAAGUAAGUUUCAGCCAGUUUAUAGAGGCUGCACAAACUGUCUUUAUGUCUUAUAGUUCACCUUUUGAUGUAAAGAGACAAAUUCUACCUCAUCUUAAUGCUUAAAGUCCCAUUCCAAAGUGAACAUGGGAUGUAUAUUAUAUUUAUAUGUUUGCCCAUUGCACAUGUGCUCUGUUCCUCUCAUAAAUAUGUAAAACUUUCCCUGCAAAUCUGCUGAAUAUGUAUGACUCUCUU